UGGAAAGGAGAAUCCCGUGGCAGGGAUGGUAGCAGCAGUGCCCCCCUUCUGGGUCACAGGGCAGUGCCGCAGUGGGCCCGGAGUUUAUUUAGCACAUCCAGGGCCCUGUGCAUAGCAGUUUAGGACAGGAAGUGGGGGAAAUGCCCAAGUCUCAAUGCUCCUACAUGGGGAUUGAGAGAGGCGGGGGGAUUCUCCUGGAGGGAGCUGGGAUGGAGCCUGAGCUCAGGGGGAUCUUUAUUCAGCAUGCCUGGCCAGGUUUGGGGUCCGUUGUGAGCAGCAGACCUACCAGCAGCACAGCGCCCCCUAUUGCCCUACCACUAGAGCAUUGGGGUCAUCACUGAGUGCGAGGGGGAAAGCUCCCUACUGAGCACCCUGCUCCCUGCAGCACAGCGCCCCCUAGUGCUGCUCUUGGUCAUUGGCUUUGGUGCUAUCUGCAAGGGGACAGCGCCCGCCACUGAGACUCCCUCUCCCUGCAGCACAGCACCCCCUGGUGCUGCAAUGGGGUAGCAGGUUCAUACAGCCUUAGACCCAGGGAACUCCCUGUACUGAGUCAUCUGUCCAGUUCUCUGCUGACAUGCUCCAUGCUCCAGCAAAUGCUUCAGCAGCCUCCUGUGAGUCCCACUCACCCCUGGUCUUUGUCGAGCAAAUCCCGGCCAGGAGCUUCCACCCAGCACCUGGGGCAUCACGGCACAAAUGCCCCGGGCCACCUCCCCAACGGGGUUACUCACCGGCUCUCCGUGGGUGCCUUAGACUGACACCAUCUGCGGAUCAUUGACACCACUCGAGCAAUGCUAAGUUACAUCUGCUGGGGCUCUGCCCCUCAGACACGCUCCCGGGCCAGUGCGCUGCCAGCAACCAGCCAUGUGGCCGCAUCCCUGGAGCAAGUGGCCAGAGCCCAUGAAGGCUGGGCAGAGGGGUCUUACCCUCCGCUAGGGUCUUGCCUCCAGAGAGUUGAGCCCUGGAAGAGCUGCCCAGGAUGUGGAGUGCAUCUGCCUUUCCACUGACAACUGGGGAAGCCCACAGAGGCCCUGAGCCCCCCUGCUGCUGGGGAGUAACAGCUGAGUUGGUUAGCCAUGGGCUGGUCCUGAAGGCUCAUUCAUAGCCAUCGAGGCGAAAGGAUCAUCGUGACCAGCUAGUCUGGCACCUGCAUGGCCCAGGUCAGUGGUCUUGCAGCCCAGAACUCUCCACACACCUGGUUCGGGCUGGUGUGGGGCCCUGGGCUGGGCAGGGGUUUGCCUUCUCAUGCAUGUAACAGGCCCAAUGCACUUGUACUCAGCUAUUAACUUCCAAUGGUGUGAUCCCCGGAGGGGGCGUCUCAUGGCCACUUGUCUCUGUUACAUGCUGCCUCCUUGUGUCUCCUUCUGACCUUCUCCUUAGCUCUUCCCUCGGCAGCAAGUGAGAAAAGACCUGAUGCCGAGGUGAUAGGCAGCGCGGUCUAAGCUAGCUCAAGACUCAGAGGGAGGAGAAGAGAAUCAUGUUUAUUACAAUGUUGCCAGGGGAAGGGACAAUCAAGAUCAGACGCCUGCUGGGGGUGCUGCACAAACACAGAACAAAAAAAAAGCGGAGGGCUGGCUUUGUUCAGAGCUGCACAGACAUCCGCCGAGACGGUCCUCACCCCAAGGCGCUUGUAAUCUAAAUUGACGCAACAAAGGUUAGGGGACAGGUGUGACCUACAAGCCCUGUCUACAGUCUCCAGGCCUGCCAGAUGUCUAGGCUAAAAUGAUCAGUGGUUAACACACUGGCCAUUUUGGUUAUCAUUGUUAGGGACCAGAGUUAACACCCACCAAGAUGAAGCACGGCUCGGUCAUUGUUGUGAUGAAUCCAUAACGCUGGAAUCUGGAAUUCUGUAGAAAUCAAUGAAGAAGCUAGAGAAGAGACGAGCUGGCAUCCUAUAGUGCCUCCUACUGGCUUAUCCUUGAGCCACGCACCAGUGGACGCUGAGACGGGACCCCGGGAUGGCAGGCAAGCAGGGGUAUGGUGGCACCUUCUGCCCAGAGGGCGCUGCCAAGGCCCAGUGCUUCAGCCCUGGCAGCGCCGCGAGCCUGGCUCCUUGCAGCCCGGAGCGUGGCCUCUUCUCUUCGCCCGCCUCCGAAGCCCGCUGGCUGAGCUGCCCGGCACUGCAGGCCAAGUCCCCGACCCACGAGAACCUCACGCUGGAAGAGCUGCUCACCCCCGUCACGGAGAAGCUCAAGUACCUGCUGAAGAAGGCAGAGGAUUUCCAGACAUACCUGCUCUACAGCAGGGACAGGAUGCAGAAGGAGCAGUUUGCUAAGGCUGUGCCCACCUUCCUGCAGAUGUGCCAGCCCUACUUCGAAUACCUGGAGUCCACUGCCCGCAGCUACAACUCCAGCCUGGGCGCCCUGCAGGCGUCCGUGCGCAAGAGGCUGCUGGAGAUCUCGGAGCAGCUGGCGCUGCGGCUGGAGCAGCUGGUGCUGAUGUACGCCUCCUUCAGCUUCGUCUCCCUGGAGGACACCGACCCCUUCAAUGUCUCAUGUUUCUUCUGUGGCCGCUUCUGGCUCAGCGAGUGGCGCCAGCUCUCUGUCUUCCGCUUCUGCAUCUCCGCCCCCUACACGGCCGCCCGCCUGCCCUGCAACCUCUACAAGAAGAUGCGCUGGAACCUGGACUUUCUGGAGGAGGGGGUGGGCGCCGGGGGGCGGCGCCGGGGGCACCGCACUGAGUACUAUUUCCUGUGCUUCCGGGACACGGGCAGGGAGAACGCCAUCAAGAUGCAGAAGCUCUGGUCCAUCGGGCGCUGGGUGCCCCUGGACCCUGAUACAGAGCACUCCUGCGACGUCCUGCAGUGGGUGCUGUGCCCGCAGCCCACAGGUGACUUCCAGCCACUGCUGACCAUCGGUUUUGAGGAGCCCUCGCAUACCCUGGCCACCGACUUGCUGGUGCAGAUCCUGAGCGCCCCGACCUGCGUGCCUCUCCCCUGCCCUGGCACCAGCAGGGAGCCCUUAUACUGGGGCAGCCCGGGGGGGCAGGGACAGUAGCACAGCCCCCGUGUGGCUUCCUGGGGCGCAGGGGGCAGGUGCUGGCUACUUGCCUCCUGUUGGGCCCCUCACCCUGGUGUCAGGGCACCCAAAGAGGCCCAUUGUAUUUUAACUGACCACUGGCUGUUUUAAAAUGCCUCUGAUUCUAGACCCAGGAGGCUUGUUAGCCUUAGCGAGGGGAGGUGGCUCAGCCCUGACUCCCCCACCUGCCCCUUGGGGCUGGAGGGCAGACCGGGGACCGUCUCUGCAGAGUUCACCCUGCUGCGUCUAGGAGGGCUGAUGCCCUGGGAGGGGUAAAAGAGAAGAGGGUUGGGGCUGCUGGGUCCAUAAACUCUCCCCUGAAAAAGCCCCAGCCAGGGGCUGGAUCCCUGCUGUUAAUGGGGAACGGGGGUCUCCCCAGGGUCCCCCGAUCUGUGGACAGCUCCAUAAUCCCACCUCAGGCCCCAUCUGCAGGGGUUUCGUCUCCCUCCCCCUUCUGUUUCUCAAACUUGCUGGGCACUGAGAAUGACCCCUCCCCCCAUGUGCACAGAGCACCAUGGGGUCCCCUCCCCCACCCGAAUUUGAGCUGGAGGCCUCCCUCCCCGGAUCUCCACAGAGCCCUGUGCAGGGGCUCCCCCUCUCCCUAACCCAAGUGCAAUUCUUAUUUAUAACCUUGUGUUUUUGCAAUAAAAGUUUGGUUCUUGGCACCGGGAAGGCUGCUGGGCUGACUGGCGCGGGGACAGGGAGGACUGGCUAGGUCUGGUGGCGUGGGGGGAGA